AUGGCAACAGUAACGGCAAGGGCAAUGGUAACGGUAGCGGUGACGUCAGCGGUAACAGCAACGGUGAUGGUAAAGGCAACGGUGGUUGUAACGGUAGAGCUAACGGGCCUUGGUGCUACAACUAGGGCGUUGGGACAGACUGCGCUGCAGUUUCAGACCGGAGGGAUCCUGGCGGCUGCUCAGCUGCCCAACUCUCUCGACGCCCUUGUUUCCACAAGGAUGUCAGCCUCAGCGUCUACCUCCUCACAACUGCCCAUCAAGGGUAUCCUGAAAAACAAAAGCUCGUCGGGUUCCUCGGUGGCGUCUGCCGGUCAGCAGUCUGGAGAGAAUAUUCAAGAUGCAAAGAGGAAGAAAUCCCAGAGGUGGGACGAAUCAAGCAUCCUUGAGACAUACCGCGCAACCUACAAAGAUUACGGUUUAAUGAAGGAAGAUGAGCCUAGCACUUCCUGCAUGAGUGCGCAAGACCAUAAGGAAGAUUCAGCGUAUGAUGUUGAAGGAGAGGAAGCUGUGACCCUCGACGCGCUACUUAGAAAACUAGCCGCCACUGAUACUUCAGACCAGAGCUGUGAAGUGGAGGAGCCAGAGAGCACUGACGCAUACGUGAAAAAAAUCCUCCUCCACAAGCAGGAGAAACAACGGCAGUUUGAAGUGAAAAGAAAGCUUCACUGCACCGAAGAAUUGAACAUCAAAUUAGCUAGACAGUUAAUGUCGAAAGACUUGCAAAGUGAAGAUGAUGACGGUGAAGAAAGGCUGCAGGCCACUGCCGAAGAGAAAACUGCUGCAGAAAAAUCACAGGAAGCUCCUCUAAGCGACGAAUAGCAAGUCCAGUCAUGCGACGCAUGGAAGAUAUCUGCUUCACCCUUGCAAUUGUUUGUGAAAUACAAAACUUGUUAAUGUAA